AUGAGCUUCGCAAGAACAAUACGGCCAUUCUCCAAGGUCCUCACUACUUAUCCGCCCCUGCGACUGCCACGUAUCAGAGCUAGAGCCAUGCAUAUCCAAUCGCUUCCUAUGUGGACGGGGAAGGGCAACAAUUAUGCCUAUCUUGUAACCGAUGAACCGACAAAGCAGUCGGUUAUUAUUGAUCCUGCCAAUCCGCCCGAGGUUGUCCCAGAGUUAGAAUCCCAGACUAAGGCCGGAAAGAUCCAUCUCACAGCGAUCGUAAACACACAUCACCACUGGGACCACGCCGGUGGAAACAAGGAAGUACUCAAAACCUUCAAAGUCCCCGUAAUCGGCGGCAAGCAAUGUGAGUCCGUCUCGCGGACCCCCGCGCACGGCGAGGUAUUCAAGAUUGGAGACCGCAUCUCCGUGACGGCCUUGCAUACUCCUUGCCACACGCAAGAUAGCAUCUGCUAUUUUAUGCAGGAUGGCGAGGACAAGGUAGUCUUUACGGGAGAUACGCUUUUCAUUGGUGGAUGCGGUCGAUUCUUCGAAGGUACAGCGCCGGAGAUGCACAAGGCAUUGAAUGAGACCUUGGCUUCCUUGCCGGAUGAUACUAGGGUUUACCCUGGGCACGAAUAUACCAAGAGCAAUGUGAAAUUCUGCCUUUCUGUUUCGCAGGCUGAGCCGAUCAAGAAGCUACAAGCGUUCGCAGAGGCGAAUAAGGAGACGCAGGGCAAGUUUACUAUUGGAGAUGAAAAGCUUCAUAAUGUCUUCAUGAGAGUCAACGACCCCGAAAUCCAGAAGAAGACUGGCAAGACAGACCCCGUCGAAGUGAUGGCUGCUCUACGAGAGAUGAAGAACGCCAUGUAA